GACAAAUAUUCUAUGGAAAAAAAUUUUCACUCGAUGGACUCUGGAGACUUUGUGGACGAGUCUAAACAAUUUAAUUGUACAACAGUUUUGAAUAGUAUAUUACCUCCAAAGGAAUGGGAAGUGGAUGGUAAAACAUUUUCACAACAAAUAUCAAUCCAACCAGCUACUAAUAGGGACGUGAAAAAUCUUGUUGAGAAAUUCGAUACAUACUUAAAAGAAUAUAACGUUAAAGGAGUGGGUAUUUGUCCGAUUAAACAGAAAAUAUACAAUCAAUGUUUUAAUGAAGUCAUAAGACAGGUGACUUUAAACUGUACAGAACGAGGUUACAUGUUGAUCCGGAUUCGCGAUGAACUCCAGAUGACUAUCGAUGGCUAUAAAGAAGUGUAUGAGAGUGCACUAGCUCAUAGGAUUCGAAAGUCAUUACAGCGGGAACACAGAAGGUCCGAAUUAUCAGAGAGUGUGAAAUAUUUAAGGUCUGAUAACAAACAAUUAGAGAACGAGUUGAUGGAAAUCACCAUGAUGACAGAGAAGAUUGAUCAAACCGCAACUGAAGAGCGCAAUGCUUUGGUUAAACGUCUAACAUUAGAGUUGGAAGAUUUGAAAAAAGCCAACCAAUUGGUCAAAGAUCAAUUAGAAUCUAUCGUAGCCCUAAAGAGAAUUUAA